UCGCUUCUUAUUGACCCCGCCCCUUCCUUUAGCCAGGUCAGGUGACCGCAACGUCACUGAACGUUCUCUUUCCAAAGUAGAAUCGUGGUGCUGUAGGGUUGAAGUAUCACUUUGCUGUCACUGUGAGGCACCAUGGCCGUUUGCUCGAGGCUGCUCGAAUGGAUAUUCUUCUUCUACUUCUUCUCUCACAUCCCUAUAACCCUGCUGGUGGAUCUGCAAGCGGUCCUGCCCCCCAGCCUCUACCCACGGGAGUUGCUGGAUCUAAUGAAGUGGUACACCGUCACCUUUAAAGAUCACCUGAUGGCGAACCCGCCUGCUUGGUUCAAGAGCUUUGUGUACUGUGAAGCCGUCUUGCAGCUCCCCUUCUUCCCAGUGGCGGCUUAUGCUUUCUUUAAAGGAGGCUGCAAGUGGAUCAGAAUCCCUGCCAUUGUCUAUUCAGCUCACGUGGCCACCACAGUCAUUCCUAUUAUUGCCCACGUUAUCUUCGGAGACUUCCCCAAAUCAGAUGCAAUUGCUCCCCUCACCCAGAAGGAUCGGCUGACCCUGGUAGCAAUCUAUGCCCCCUACCUGGUGGUGCCGGUGCUGCUGCUGCUCACGAUGUUGUUCAGCCCACGAUACCGACAAGAGGAGAAGCGCAAGCGCAAGUGAAGUCCUGGGCUUUGCUCAUGGGAUCAGUGAGAGACUGAUGGAUCUGAUCAUUCCUGAACAUUUUUAAUUUUUCUUUUAAUUCUACCAUUCAUUUUGCUUCCCCCCCAUUACAGAAAAUACCCCAUAUAUGAAAACAUUUUCAAUGUCCUGCUUUCCAGACUGUAACCAUUACGGGGCAUAUUUAUCAUGGGUCGAAAUUUGAAAUUUGAAAAACUUCGAAAUUUGAAUUCAAAAAGACCAACCGGA